AUGCAGUUGGAAUGUCGUGAAGGUCGCCGAUUGGCCAUCUACUCGGCCACAUAUGGAAGAAGCACUCGAACACAGGCAGCUCACUGUACAGCACCGGUCCAUUUUGCUAAAGAGUGUACACGUGAUGUUCUGCCAGUACUGCUCACGAAAUGCCAUGCACAACCGGGCUGUUCGUUAAUGGUGAACUCUGAAACGCUGGGCAGUCCGUGCCCAAAAGACGUGCCAUCGUACCUCAACAUUCUCUUCAUGUGU